AUGUCACAAUCCAGUCAAAGCGCCACUGAAUCCAUUCAGGAGUCGGUUAUCGAGAACGACCGCAGUUCGCUGCCGCCGUAUCUCAAAGUUCUCUCGGAUUGCCGGGUGGUUCUAUGCACGACCCAUGGCUGCUGCUACGUCCGAACCAAUCUCUCGCGCCAUCUCCUCGACAAACACCAUAUCAAGAGUAGACAGCGGCAAACUAUCGAAUCGGCGCCCGAGCUUCAAUCGGUGGCCCAAACCAGUGCCGGGGUGAUCCAGCCUCAGGAUGGUUGUAAUGAGAUUCGCGGCCUGCCGACCGUGCUCGGUUUCCUCUGCCACCUCCCUCACUGUGACUUUCGCUCGAGCAGCAAAGACCGGAUCCGACAGCACUAUAAUAAACAUCACCACUGGCAAGUUGUGCAACAGGGAGCGAUUCCCUGGCACGAGGCUUUUUUGCAGACGCUGUUCCACCAGAAACAAUGUCAACAGUACUUUGCCGUGGUUCUUACAGACCAGCUCCCGUCCCCCGCCCCUCAAUAUAUAUAUCGAUAUGCCAAUGCCCCGAAUAAUGCCCCACCAUCUGCUGCUGAGCAACCUUGUUCGUCUCCCAUCGCCGGCGAUGCAUGGGACCAGAUUAUGCGUCGAUACCAACAGAGUCUCUCUCGGCCAUCGCGAAAUCCAAUCGCCGCAGCCCGCCAUGUAUCCGAGGUCACUCCGUUUAUGAAGCGGGCCGGCAUCCAUGUCCACCUCGAAGGGCUGGAGGUAAAAGACCUAGGUCCCAGUUAUCGAAUGCCACGACAGGAUCAGGAGCCGCUACUUUUUGCCAUUUGCGAGAGCAUUUAUCGAGUUCUCGAGGCCGCGAUGGUAGUGCUGGUCCAUGACCAAGAUGUGGAGGUGCGUCAGCUUAGUCGCCGUAACGCCCGGCUUCUCAACACCUUUGCCCGGGGAGAAACGUCCCAGGACCCUAUCUCAAGUCUCCAGAAUGAACGAUCGCGCCAGAGAUACAUCACUACCUGGCAGCAACUAGUAUGCUACUGGGAGCGCGUCAUGGAGCAGCAACAACUUCGGGACAAUCUCUUCCAACCCAGCCCCCGGCAGCUUGAGAUAUGGAUCGAGGUGACUGAGAUCGCGAGCGAGAUUGUCGAUCUCACCGCGUCCGAGUUGGACCGUUCCGACGAGAAAGCAUUGUGCGCGCGGUUAGACCAGGCUGUGCUCCAAUUCAGCCUUGCCAUUAUCCAGCACCCAGUCCCGCGUCGAAAGUUUGAUUCGGUCCUCGUCUCCUAUGCCGCGGUACGGUUCUGGAGCCCUACCCAAGGGGCGUGGUGUGCGAUCGGGAACUAUACGUCUAUCCUAUCGCAGUUAAUCUACGACUGCCAAAUGGUGAUUCUCGCGUCUGUGCUAGCAGAGACCGUGGAGGAUAGAGAUACGGAGAUGAGUGCCAUGAUCAUUGCGAUCCGGGAUGAAUGGUCUUUGAAUGACACUGACGGUCCUUUGUCGGAGCUGCUCGAGAACCGACUGCUCGGGUUCCGCAUCAGCCAGACGGAGGUACCCCCUGCACAAAUCCGCUGGCACGCCGAUGGCCAAACUCUGGUCUGGUCGGACGUGAUAUUUCACCUCUCCGACCCCGGCAUCGGAGAUCCCCCCAUCGCGUAUGAUGGGCUUGUCGACAACUGGGAUGCUACCGCCCCCGGCCAAUGCUUCCUGACUGAUUCGCGAAACGCGUGCUAUCUGGAUCCGGUGAAGGACUGGUUGAUCACUCGGGUCGGCCGCACACCUGCCCUUUUCCGCACCUUCUGGUCCCACAAUGCCGAGGGUCGUUGGGUCGUGUCCGCCGAUGCGACCCAGCAGUAUGAGGAUGCCGUCCAGCGGUUUCUUCGAGUCGUGAUGGUCCCUUUCUUUCUCGGGUCAGGGCAGCACGGACGUCGGACCGAAUUUAUUGGCCUACGGUGGCGGAAUACCACGCUGACCACGCGUGAUCUCUUCCUUCACGACGGACAGAUGUUAUUUAUUCUCAGCUACUAUAAGUCGCGGCAUCAGAACAACGCCUCUCGAUGGCCUGUCCGAUUCCUGCUGCCCGAGGUCGCGCAGCUUAUAACGCAAUAUCUUGCCAUCGUGAACCCCUUUCGAGAGUUCCUUCAGCGGGAGACCGGGGGACCGAAGCCGUCAGACUACCUCUGGUCCCAGGGCACCGACCCGUGGCCCACUGAUACCAUGACCCGGGUGAUCGUUGAGGCCGGUAAGCUGGUUCUAGGGAAGCAUAUUCAUGUCCAGGCGUGGCGGCAGAUCACGAUCGGUAUUGCCCGGCGGAAAUUUGCCGGCGUGGAUGCCAAACUGCUGAUUGAAGAAGCGGCGGGAGAAGAUGGCGACGAGACCGACGCGGUUCAGGGGAGCAUGUCCGAUGCGCUCCACUGGCAGGCAAGCCAUACGCCUCGUACGGGAAAUCGGGUCUACGGUGGAACUGUGAACUUCCGUGGUGGACUUACCGAUGCUGGGCUACAAGAAUUCCGGCAGGUCAGUCAACUCUGGCAUCGGUUCGUUCGUGAUUAG